AUGAGUUGUUAAUUUUACUCUCUUAAAUAAUCUCACAUUUUUAUAUUUAGAAUUUAGAAAAGUCAAAUUCUAAUCUUUAUGGGAAAAGCCAUCUACUCAAAUUAAGUUCCAUCUGAAAACGUGUCUAGAGUAUGUUUACUGUCUCUGAUGUUUCAACUUUGGAAAGCAAGCAACCAGCUUUCCGGAUCUUCAAACCAUGGUGGGACACAUUCAUGGAUUAUCUUACCAUCAUUAUGUUGUUGCUGGCUAUAUUUGGCUGCAGCAUACAGCUGUACAUGGAUGAUACUUUAUGCUUGCCGUACAUCAAUGUAGUUGAAGGGAAGCCAACUGUGAUAAAAUCAAACCAGCAAAAUAUUCCAGAAAUAUCGCAUGCCAUUGCUAAUACACAAUCAAUGCCAAUCUUGGCUCCUCGACUCAAUCAAGGAAAAGUAACAAAAUUACACAACUGGCAAUAUUACUACAUCAAUCAAGUGUGUCACAGUCAGAUUCCUUGGUUUACCAGAUUUUUCUCUUACUUAAUUUUAUUCCAUACAGUUGGCUUGAUUAUCUGCAGUAAUUUCUGUUUCACAUAUCCUAAAACAAGCUCCAAACUGCAACAAUUUCUUGACAUCCUCUAUAAAUGUCUGCAGUCACCAUGGACUUCCAAAGCCCUGUCCACAGCUGUCAUUGUUGAUAGCAGUGAAGUGGAAAGGGUGUUGGAAUCUCCAAAGGCCACUGAAAGUGAUGAUGAUGAGCUUAGUGUUAAAACUGAUGCAUUAGCCAUUAAAACUGAUGCAUCAGCCAUUAAAGCUCCAUCGCACAUUCAGUCAAGCACAGUGGAAGCCGAUUCAUCUCUGGACAAGAAGGAUGCAGAGCAAGCCAAAGCUUUGUUUGAAAAAGUAAGGAAAUUUAAACUCCAUGUGGAAGAGAGAGAUACCAUCUAUAAAUUAUAUGCUGGGCAAACAUUGUUCAAAACUAUACAUUGUGUGAUUAUUAUGGGUUACUUUCCAGUCUUUAUUUAUGUUGUUGAGUUUUACAAUAUUUGUGAGCCUAAUGCCAUAUCACUGGUUGUUUACAAGCGCUUCAGAUGUACUUAUACUACUGCUCGUUUCAUUGGAAAAUUGUCUCUCUUAUAUCUGAGUUUAAUAGUUAUCUAUUGGAUACUCUGCAUCCAUACAUUAAUUUGGGUUUUCAGAAAACCGCUGAAGCAAUAUUCUUUUGAGAAACGGGCUGAAGACCAAUUCAGUGAUAUCCCUGAUGUAACAAAUGAUUUUGCCUUCUUGCUGCAUCUACUUGAUCAGUACGAUACUCUGUUCUGCAAACGGCUUACAGUUUUCCUCUCGGAAGUGAGUGAGGAAAAGUUAAAACUGUUAAGUUUGAACAAUGAUUGGACUGUGGAGAAAGUGAAAAAGCAUUUAACAAAAACUAAGAAGGACCAAUAUGAGUUAUAUCUCUUCAUGUUAUCAGGAAUUCCUGACGCUGUCUAUGAUGUUAGUGACAUACAGAUCUUAAAGCUGGAACUUUGUAGUAAUGUUAAAAUUUCCAACAAAAUUACUCAACUCAGCCAGUUGGAGGAAGUCUGGCUCUCUCACUGUGUAACUGAAAUUACACCAUCUGCUUUGAUGUGGUUGAGAAACCAACUCAAGAAAGUGGGAAUUAAAUAUGUAAGUCGUGAUGAGAUACCUGAAUGGAUCUAUAAACUGGUACAGCUGAAAGAACUGUAUCUUACUGGAAAGCUAGCAAUAGAAAAGAAGGCUGUAGAAUUGGAUUCAAUGAAAGGACUUCGCUCCUUGAAAGUUCUUUACUUAAAAUCAAGUCUCUCUAAAAUACCCUCCACUAUCAUUGAUGUGGCAUUCCACUUGCUCAAGCUUUGCAUUCACAAUGAUAAGACCAAGCUCUUGAGCUUAAGUAUCUUGAAGAAAAUGGUCAAUCUGACCCAAAUUGAACUGCACAACUGUGAAUUGGACAAAAUCCCAACAGCCAUUUAUACCUUAUCCAAACUUCAAGUUUUGGACCUUAAAGGUAACAAUCUUACUAAAAUUGAAGAUAUUUCUAAUCUGCAAUACCUAGAUAAAUUAAACUCUUUGAAGUUCUUGUUCAACAUGAUUAAAGUCAUCCCGCCAACAAUUAAUCUGAUCAAGAAGCUCGAGUAUCUAUAUCUGUCACACAACCAGAUUGAGGUUUUGCCCAAAGCCCUUUUCAAUAUUGACAAACUGUAUUAUCUUGAUGCACAAAACAACAACAUUUCUAUAAUUCCAUCUGACAUUGGAAAUCUCAAAAACCUCUACUUUUUGAAUUUGGGUCACAAUAGAAUUGAGAACCUACCGGAUUACCUGUUCAAAUGUACCAAACUCAUGACUCUGAAGCUAAGUAAUAACUUAAUCUCAGUGCUCAGCGCAAAGGUCUCAAAGCUCACGCAACUAUCCCAAUUGGACAUCCAAGGAAAUCACUUGGAAAAACUCCCAAUUGAAAUAGGACAGUGCCCUAUGUUGAAAGCAAGUGGACUUGUCGUAGAACAAUAUGUUUUUGAGUCACUUCCUUCAGAAAUACGAGAGAAGAUGGGCGGAAGUUAAAAUGAGAUCCAUUAAUUGGACACCAAUACUUUAGUUUAAAAAAAUGUUGCUACCCAUGAGAAGAGAUACUUGAUGGAAGAAGGAAAGUAAAUGAUUUUAAUUUUAACUACUUAAAUCUAUCAUUUUAAUAGCUAUCAGACUUUUGAAUAAAACAAUGGAACAACUCAAAAUAUUGUAUAUUAUUUUUACACCAGAUACACCCGGGACUUUAGUCUUAAAAAUAGUUCCUGGUCAAUGUUCAACUCUCAGAGACCAGAUUCAUUGCUAAUCUCUAAAUAUCCCAAAAGCACUGACAGACCAUCCCUCUAAACCCUGUGGAGUCAUGGAGCUCGUACAGCACGGAAACACGGCCUUUGGCUCACCUUGUCCAUGCCAACCAAAUGGCUCAUCCCAUUUACCUGCUUUUGGCCAAUAAACCCUUGCAAUCCCUAUAUAUGUUCAAAUGUAUUUUGAAAUGUACUUGCACCCCUUCUAUAGCUUCCUCUGGCAGAUCAUUCCAGAUCCCGACAACCCUGAGUGAAAAAGUUGCUCCUGAGGUUCCUCUUAAAUAUUUCCAUGUUUACCUAUUAAUAUCCUUCCUUCAAUGAACUGACAGCCUCAGAUGUAGUGUCACCAAUGCCUUGUACGACUGAAGCAUACUUUUGUAUUCAGUUCUUCAAGCAAUAAAAAUUAACAUUUGUUCAUUUUCCUGAUUACUUGCUUUGUGAAUGACGAGCGAUUCAUGCACUAGACUUCCCAGAUUCUGUUGCGUGGAAAUCUCUUGCUCUUUAGAUUUUUUUUUAAAUCUUUCCUGAUUAAGUAAGUGGACAAUCUCAUUUGUAAUGGCAAUUUCUUAACUUUCCAAUGUCCAACUUUUGAUUGCCAUUACUACUCGGAGAUGUAGAAGAGAUAUAGCUAAUGCACUUGCAGAGAGUAAAAACGAAUCUUCCAGUCGUUAUUUCUUGAUUAAUCGGUCCUUUAUUGAAGUAGUACAAACACAGGUGUGAUUCAUAUCAAGUAACUUAUGGUUCUUACUAACUGUUCCAUACGUGUCGCGCCGUGUGGCGUUGAGUGGUUAAAAACUGUUGGCUCUUCCAUCCUUCGAGGCUGAACUGAGUCACCCACUCUCUGUGGCUACGCUAGCCUCCUCAGAUGUAGACACACCCAUCCACGUAUAUAGUCCCACCCACAAGCGUUCAGAAUGAUACCGCUGGAAAUAUCUAGAUAUGGCUGUAAUCUACGAACAGUAACUAACUUAAUCAUAAAUGGCUCCUGCGUAAUUUUCUUAAAUCAAAAUCUACCUUGGUGAAAUAUUGCCCACUGAAUUAACAUAUCAAUAUCCCUUUGUAGCCUCCUUACAUUAUCUUUGUAACUUACUUUCCCAACUACCAUUGUGUCAUAAAAUGUACUAACUAUACUUUCAGUUGCUCCACCCAAGUCUCAUAUAUUUGCAAGUUGAUCCCCUGCGUGAUGUGCAUCUCGUGGCACAUCACGUUGAUCUCGUGGCACAUCACUCAUUGCAUCUUGUCAACUAGAAAUAAAACUAAAUAAAACUUCCCGUUAGCCAGUCAAACCGAUCUUUAAACUACCCUUUCAACUAUACGAUUUCAUAUAUUUAUAGAUAAUGUUUAUGACACUUUAUAAAUAUUCUUGUUUUGUUUUUGUAUGCUGUUUCACGCUUGCUUUUUAUUCUUUUAUUCUGUUCGAAAUAAAGAAUUAAAUAAUAAAAUAAAUAAAUACAAAUAAAAUACUAAUAUGUUACGCCUUAAAUGAUGAGAUUUUACUUUCCACAAUAAUAUUUGGAGGUGCUACCCCAACAAAUGCCUCUGGAAAUCUGAAUUUUGUAUGUCCACUGGUUCCCCUUUGUGUUACUUUCUCAAAUCUUAAUCUGGGACUUUGGCUUGAGAAGCAAUAGUGGCACUUCACUGCCAUUCAUUAUAUUCAUUCAGCAUGGAAACACUCCCAUCCACCCAACCCAUCCAUGCUGACCAAGAUGUUUAGCAACGUCCUCUCUCACUACUCCGCCUACAUCCUUUCUCUGUCCUACCCCCCUCCCCUACCACCAGGCUGAAGAAGGGUCUCGACCCGUAAUAUCGCAAAUUCCAUCUCUCCAUAGAUGCUGCCUCACCCGCUGAGUUUCUCCAGCAUUUUGUGUCUACUGCCCAUCCAUGAUUG